GUGACUUUGUUUGAUUCACGCGAUGGACAAAACACUCCUACCCACUCGACAGUCCAAAAUCUCUCCCUACAAUCUGGCUCCCCCUACCCCCUCCCCUCCUUGAGAGGCACAAUGACGUCGUCAGUGUACCUCCACUUAUCGGAUCCGCCCCAGCCCUCCCUCAGCGCCACCCUCUCUCUGUCCUGCCUGAGGUUGAUGUCGCCAUCAACGUCAUUGGCGACGGGCGACAGGUCCUCCUUGACACUGCCAGCUGUGCUCGAGGUGCCGUCAGGGGGUGCAAUGCCGGCGAUCUUCUCGAGCGUGGCCAAGGACUUCUCGCCUGGGUACAGCUCGCCAUUGAUCUCCCACGUUGGGUAGCCCGGCACCUGACAUGACAGACAAACAGACAGGCAGACAGAGGGAACAAGAGCAUUCAUUUUGUGGUGUGGUGUAGUGUGUGUGGUCGGUUGUCUCUCACGUACGUCUCGUUUGUCGCAUCUGUCUCUUUCGGAGUUAAGUCCCUCCCUGGCACACUCUACGUACUCAAUGUAGCCCUCAAAGGCCUCCUUGCCUGCGCAAGACACAUGCACAUCCAUGAAUUGAAUGCUGUCAAGCCAUCAAUCACCGGCUGACCGAAUGUCUGUUUCUGGUCAUAGCAGUGGGGACACCAGUAUGCGCCGUACAUGCGGGCACCUGACGGAGGAACACACACACACACACACACACAUAUAUAUAUACGUAUAUUCAUCCAGCCGCAUCAGUCGCUCGUUCCUCGGCUGCUGCAUGCAUUACCCAUCGUCUGCAGCUUCUUUGCGAGUCGGAGAGAGCGUGCUGACGAGGCAGUGGUGAUCUCGGGAGGCACAAAUGGACCCUCACUCUCAAACAAACGCUGCGCAAUGCGCGACGCAAGACACAAAGCAUAGAUAGAAGAAAUACAGCCGACGUACGUAUGUGUGUGCUGUGCUGUGCUGGACAUGUGUAUGCAGCAUGCUCACAUCGAGGAACCAUCCCGCCUCGUAUCCCUCCUCCCCCUCACUGCCGGCCAGCGAUGCCACGGGAUUCCUCACGAAGGCCACCACGGCCGCCAGGUUGCCGGGCUCCUGCACCGAGUACACCCCUAAGCUCAUGACGGCCAUGACGACCGCCGUGGCGUAGCGGAUGAUUCUGCUCUGCAGUCCAUCCGGGACGAUGCUCCACAGCCACGACAUGAGGAAUAGCGUCAAGGAGAGGCCCGCAGAGAGGUAACAGUAGGGGCAGAACUCCUGCAGCUGAAACACCAGCACCGACAUCAGAUACACAGAGAAGGUCGCCAUGGCCGUCGUCAGGGCCAGCAGCAUGGGGCGCGUCCAUUGCUCAGCUGAUGGCUUGGACAGAGGCAGCAGCGACAGGUACGUCACCAGGCCGUAUGCCAGCAUGGCGGGGGCCGUCAGAGGGAUACCGAAGACGGUCGAGUAGGGACCUCCAAGCACUGUGUAGCACCCGCCGGUGGGGCAGAUGGACGCCACGGACGCGAAGAGUUUGGUGUAGGUGAGGAAGGCCGUCUCCACCAGCCCCACCCCACCCACAAAGGCCAUCAGCUUCCGGUUGAUGGCCGGCCAUGGCGAUGGUGAGGGCGGACGGCCACUCUCCUCUAUCUUCUUCGUUGUGAUCUCAUCCUCUGCCUGUGGCUGUGCUGCAGUGGUGACCGACUCAUCGGUGCUCCUCACGCCGCUCUCGACAGUGUCCCGCAGGAUGGAUGGAUGCCAGUGCCUGAGCGACAGCCGCCCUGGCCUCGCGAGCCGACGAUGGGCGGGCAGCGGGAGAGAGGAAGGGACAGGCGGCACGACGAAGGAGGGGAUUGGAGAAGCGAUGAGGUGCAUUGCCGUGCGUCAGUAGCGGUACACCGGCAGAC